GUUCGAUAUUCUGCCGAGUUGAGUAUUUUGUCAGGACAGCGGCAGAAGCGGUAGCGGCCGGUGCGAGGAGAGGGGAGGAGGGGCCGGACCGGGAGAACCGGGUCACGUGACAGUGUUGUAUGAUGUCCAUUCUAGUGUCGUCCUCUGAACCGCUACCUCCGCACCUUCACGACCUUCAAGCUGCGCUCCACAGAGGGACCGGAGGCCACCCGUGUUUUUUCCUGGAAGGAGGCUUCGCUUUUCCGGAGGUUGUCAAAGUUUUGUGGAUUCUGAAACUAUAAAAGGUUAUCGCAGGAGAGGAAAGUAUGAGCUUUGCCUGUUCCAGGGAUCCACCUUGCAGCGAAAACAUGACCAAGAUGACGUUCCUCCAGCAGGUCUGAGGCCAGGGACUUUUCGCUACGUCUAUAUCAGUUGUAAGCAUCGUCUUUCUUUUGGCAGCACUGGGAACCAGGCAUGCUAGGAAACGGCCCACUCAAUCCAGCACUUGUACCGUCUUCUUCAGCUUGUUCCCCCCGGGAAUUCCAGUCCCACCAGAGCGGUGCUUCAGUCUUCUUCUCCUGAUAGGAUCUGCUUCAUGAUCUCCUUUUAAAGGGACAUCAGACAUGGAAAUUGUACAGCCCACCUUAUUUUAUUGCCUUCUGCCUUGUUGAGACGGCCCGUAAGGAAUUCUUCACAACUACUGGAACAUAUUUGCUUCUUCAUGAAGAUUCUUUGGUGACCUCCUUUGACUGCACACAAAGCCAUGUCUUGGUUUGGAGACCCUCAGUGGCUCGGGCUGGUGACCCUGUUUGUCGCUGCUUUGGUCACGCUUGCCAUUUAUCUCUUCCAGAAUGUUUGGGGUGGAUUGUGGAGCCGCAGAUGGAAAUCUGGGUAUUCUAGUGAGCAGAGCGAGGCGGAUUCUCUACUGUCCUGGAUUUUGUCUUUGAAUAGUUGGAGGAGCCAGUGGCUGAAGGCCUGGAUAACUGCACUGAAUGAGGAGGCCGGGAAGAGAGGGGGUUCUCUGCGAUUGAUGUUUGAGGAGGACAAUGGCCAAGGGCCUCUGGAGCUGUCUGUCAAGCAAGUAGCCAGCGUGGUAAAGUCCAGUAAUGUGAAGGUUGUAUCAUGUUGCCUGGUAGGGGAGGCUAUACAGUUUGCCGUACGAGUUACCCGCACCGUCCCCGCCAACUCCGGGUGCCAGGUUUACAGUGUGCGCAUCACCCCGCUUCUCAUAAAUCUGGAGUUCCGUGUGAAAGAAGAAGAUAGAGGCCACAUUCAGGUGGAGUGGACAAUGGGGAACUUUACCGACCUCGAUCUUCAGGUUCAACCAAAAACUAAGCUGGAGACCCCCGGAGCCAGCGUAGUCAUGGAAACCCUGGAGGAUAUUAUGAAGAACCUCAUGAGUUGUGUCCGACCCACCGUGGAGCUGAUCACCAAACCUGCCAAUGUAAAGGAUUACCAGAAUAGAGCUGGCGUUGUUUGUCCCCCAAAACCACCCAGAGCCCACGAGCUGAAGCUUCAGGUGCGGAAUAUCAAAGCGUCAUUGACGGAAGAAGCCAACCCGCCAGGUCCUGUGGUGUGCUCUGUACAGCUGAAUGAUCCAAUCCAAACGUUCACAACUACAGCCAUAAAACCCUCCCUGGGCCCCUCCUGGGAGGAGGAGUUCGUCUUAGAACUGAAUGCAAAAUCCAAAGAGCUACUUCUCCAGAUCUCCGAAGCUGAGAAACCUGCAGGCAGUCCCCCCCUGUCUUGGGCGACCGUUCCCUUAGAUCUGUUCAGGAAGAACCCAUCAGGGAGGCAAAGCUAUCCUCUCAGCUCUGGGUUUGGAUCGGUCAGUGCUCAGUUCUUGUUUGUGGAACCAAAUGAAUUGAAAUCCUUUACAGUCCCAGUGCCGGUGCCGGCAAAGAAAGUGGAGAUGGACCGCACUGUGAUGCCCUGCGGCACCGUGGUCACCACCAUCACCUCCGUGACUUCCAAACCGCGGCUGGAGAGCAAGAGUCCGGGGAGCCACUCCGAAAAAUCGUCCGAUUCAGCAGCCAGCACUCCACCUAAAAUCAAAGUGAUUGAGCGAGAUUUCUCUGUGCAGGCGAUCCCGUCUCACAGCGGCGUGGUCAGCAAAGCCCUGUCCUCUUCAGACACAGAACUUCUGAUGCUGAACGGCUCUGAUCCGGUCGCAGAAGCCGCCAUAAGACAGCUCAGAGAAUCGUCAAAACAGUCUCUAAAAUCUCCCCGCAAGAAGAGUACGAUCAUUAUAUCAGGAAUUUCCAAGAGCGCGCUCACUCAGGAUGAAGAAGCGACUCUCAUGUUCGAUUACGCGGCGACCAUGGACAGCGUGACCAGGAGCGACUCGCAGUUCACCAGCGCCGACCUCACUUCCAGGUUAACGAUGGACAGAAGUCUACUGGCGACAGCGACUCUGCCGGUUGGCGCCACCAUGGACGAGCUGCAGGAUGGCUGGGAUGAGGGGAGCCAGCAGGGGGACUGGACCGGGAACGGCAUGGAGAGUCCGGACUGUGAAGAAGUAUCUGUUAGUAACUUGAGCGUGUCGGAAACGGCGAGCAUACGGAAGCCGAAAGGUGGAUUCUUACACAAAGGCGCAAAGCUGUUUUUCCGCCGAAGGCACCAGCAAAAAGACCCCAGCAUGAGCCAAUCUCACAACGACCUGGUCUACCUGGAGCAGCCGGGGGCCCCAGAGCACCGCAAGAAAGGCGCCACGCUGUCCCGGCUCCUGAACAAGAAGCUCCUCCCGAAAACGAAACACAAAAACAAACUGCAGAGCCGGCCCGGCGAGGGGGAGCAAGAAUGAAAAAAGCCACGCAUUGGGGGACUUGGAGCGGACAAGCGCCUCCCCGCGGGCGGAUGAUUCUGGUGGGAGGGCGGUGCAGAGACUGUCCUCUCCCGGACAAAGUCAUCAUGUGAAUCCAUUUUCCUUCUUCUAGCUUAACACUGUGAGACAUUUAGGAGCCUUUAGAAGAGACAGAAUGGCCGCCUCCUGUGUGUGUGUGCGUAUGAGUGUGUGAGGGAGGCGGAUUUACUUUAAAGCGAUGGUAAUUGAGCAUAACGCCUGUGUGAUAAGGCUUUGAUGGAAGUGGCCAUGCCCAGAUUUGUACUAUUGCACAGACAAAGCCUCACUGCCCCAGAAUGUGGAACACAAGUCAGACAGCUUGGUGGGUAACACUCCUGCUUGGGAAGUCCUGGGUUUUCACCUUGCCAGUGAACCUUACAGCAUGGAGUGUAGUUGUUUCCCAAGCGCCUGCAUGGCUUUCACCAGUUCCCGUUAUUUAAAACCCAACUCCAGACAAACUUUUUUUUGUUUGUUUGUUUAAAUAGAGUGGGAAAGGGUUAGAGCAGUUCUUCUCAACCAAGGUUCCAUGGAGCCCUUGGGUUCCCCCAGAAGAUGCUAGAGGUUGCUUAAACUUUGGCCAAAUUGAACUUCCAUUUGAUGGUGCCUGCAAUGUUCCAGGAUCAACACCACUUGGCAAAGCCAGCGGCAUGACAUCAAUUAUCUUUUUAGCUUUCUAUAAUGGUGGAACCUUCCUAAUGACCUCCAGUAUAACAG